AUGGGUAUCUCUCGUGACUCAAUCCACAAGAGGCGUGCCACUGGAGGCAAGCAGAAGCAAUGGAGGAAGAAGCGAAAGUACGAGAUGGGAAGGCAGCCAGCCAACACAAAGCUGUCAAGCAACAAGACGGUCAGAAGAAUCAGAGUUCGUGGAGGUAACGUCAAGUGGCGUGCGUUGAGGCUCGACACCGGUAACUACUCUUGGGGAAGUGAAGCCGUCACCCGCAAGACCAGAGUCCUUGACGUUGUCUACAACGCUUCCAACAAUGAGUUGGUUCGUACAAAGACACUUGUCAAGAGCGCCAUUGUUCAGGUUGACGCUGCACCCUUCAAGCAGUGGUACCUCCAGCACUACGGUGUUGAAGUUGGCCGCAAGAAGAAGAACGCUGCUGCCGCUUCCAAGAAGGAAGGAGAGGAAGGUGAAGAUGCCGCACCAGCUGUCCCUGAGGAGACCAAGAAGUCCAACCAUGUCCUGAGGAAGAUUGAGCAGCGUCAAGAAGGACGUAGCCUUGACUCACACAUUGAGGAUCAGUUCGCAAGUGGUCGUUUGUUGGCUUGUAUCUCAUCGAGGCCUGGACAGUGCGGUCGUGCUGAUGGAUACAUAUUGGAAGGUAAAGAGUUGGAGUUCUACAUGAAGAAGAUCCAGAAGAAGAAAGGAAAGGGUGCUGCUUAG